CCGCGCUUGGGAAAGAGCAGCGCCGUUGCCAUUGGCUUUGCGAGAGGCGCUGUCGCUAGGGAGGCGAAGCUUGGCGAGGCGGCUUCAGCUUGGAGCCGCGGCUCCGCUCCCUGUAACCAAGGAGCGAGUGUGUGUCGAGCAGCCAGGCAGCGCUCGCGCAAGGGCUGCUCCCGCCGUCUCCCUCCAAGCACCCGGCGCUGCAUGGAGGGAGAGACCCCAGCCUUUUCCCGCCUCGCAGCCUGGGCUGGGCUCGGCUCUGACGCGCGGGCUGGCUUCUAGGGAGGCGAGUUUGCACCGUCCGCCGGACCUCUCCACGCCGGUCUCUCCGUCUCUGUCCCGCCGGCUCCUCCCUCCCUCCCUCCCUCCUCUUUUUGCUUCAGAGCAAAAGGGGACCUCGGGAGUCGCUGAAGCAGCAGCAGCAGCAGCAGCAGCAACGACAACAACCCGGCCACGCCAGCCCCUCGCCCCGGGCGGCAGCUGAAUCUGAUGGCGUCUCACCAGCAGAACAGGAUUCAAGCCUACCUGGAGAAGAACAAGAUCGGGCCCCUAUUCGAGGAACUGAUGACCAAGCUGAUAACAGAGACUCCUGACCAUCCAAUCCCCUUUCUCAUUGACCACCUCCAGUCCAAACAGGGAAGUCGUAGUCAGCUUCAGAGGACACUGUCUGGAUCUGCUGCUCUCUGGGCAGAAAGUGAAACUUCAGAAAAUAAAGGAACAAGAAGAGAUUUCAGAAGUUAUGAUAAACCCUGGCAGACAAAUGCAAAGAAGCCUAAAAAAUCAAAAAGUGACCUUGCAGUAUCCAACAUUUCGCCCCCAUCACCAGAGUCCAAAUCUUUGCCAAGAUCAGCAGAACACCCCAAAUGGGACUGGAGGACAAAAUCAGAGCAUCAUGAUUUUGAUGAAUUAAACCAUAUUCUUCAAGAAAGUAAGAAGCUGGGUAAAGCCCUGGAGAAUCUUUCUCGAAGCAUUGCCAUUUCUGAUGAGAUUGAUAAGGACGCAGCAGCCUUUAACGCUCCCCUUUUACGCCCCCGUGUUGUUGGAGAAUGGGUUGGCCGUGAAGAGAACGAUGCAGACCCAUUGGCUGCCGAAAUGCUGCAGCCUCCAAUACCAAGAAGCAAAAUGGAACAAUGGGAUAGCGAAGAUAGCAGCAGUCCUGGAGGAAGUUUAAAGAUGGAACCAAAGACUAAAGGAUUGAAACAUCAGCAGCAGCAACAUAAGAAGCUACUCGCUGCCAUGCUCUCCCAGGAUUCGUUUGAUUCAGUACAAAGCACAGCUCCAUCAGUAACAGAAGAAGAUAUUGACAAUGAAGAUGAUGCUAUGGAACUGCUGGAGGAUCUUGAUGAUUUAAGAAUGGAAGGGGUAACCAGUGUCAUUUCUUCUGGGAGCAAAUUUAACCAAACCCGAAGUACACAUACAGCUGAACCACAAGCCAAGGUCACCUUGAACAUCUGUGCUAGGUGUGCCAGACUGCAAGGAGAUAACUUGGCAGAAAGAACAGAGGAUGUAUCUGUUGCGUCUCAGACUCUUGAGCAAGAAGUGCCACAGUCUGUCGCACCAGUGCCUGCAGCAGAAAUUUCAAUGGAAAGCAGUGAUGAAUUGGAGAAUGUACUCCAAGCAGCAGAGCAGAAUCAACCAGUUUGGGAUCUAGAUAUGAUGAGUUCCAGCAGUGGAGACUCCCAAAGCCAGAAGCUAUUGAAAGAUUCAUUGGCUGCAAAAGAACUUCAAACCAUGGAAAAACACCUUGCUGACAUCGCAAAGGACCUUGCGCUGUGGGAAGAAGGAAGACUAUUGCGGAUUACCAGUAGCCAACAAACUAAUUUAGUUGCACUAGAUCACCAAGGAAAUUUUAAAGUUCCACCAAGCCAGGAUUCAGGACCUCAAGUGCCAAGUCUGACUGGGAAAGAUAUUCAGCUCCAGCUUCAAAGAAACAAAUCACCACCAUUAUCUAGCAACAAUAGACUGAAGGUCUCAAGUGUCACAAACAGUAGGCCUCAGUCUCCCAGUACACAGACCAACAGGUCUUCUGUGCUCCCAGCUCCAGCAAACAGACCUGCAGCCCCAAAUGCUUUGUUGCAAAAACCUCUUUCCCCUAGCAACCAAGGAAACAAGGAGGGAGUUGUUAGUAUGCAGAGAAGCCGGUCUUUAAUAUCAAAGAACCAACUUGGGAGGACCAUCACUACUCCCUCAGGGCUCCUGGAAACAAGCGGAGACACUCUAGGAAACGUCACUCAAAGAAGCAGUUUGUCCGAAGAUGAAUUCUUACAACUUCAACUUUCCCACCAGCCUUGGAUUUUACCAAGCGAUAACGAAAGCGAAGGAGUGGAAGCAGAUCUAGAUAAACGUAAGAGGUUGCUCCUUGUUUGAUAUAAAUUGUUGGCAGCUUGGAGUAGGCACCAUAUUUUCACAAAAUAUGUGCUCUGCAAACUACUUUUUAUUUCUGGCAGGUUUAGUUAUGAUUUGCCUACAGGAGUGAAGAACAAUGGAUUUUAUUGAUGGGAGCUCAGCUAAAUUACUUUAGGGCUGAAAGUGCAUGUAGGUUAUCCUCCCUGCUUACCAUACCACAAACCUUAACAUGUUAACUCAUCUCUUACCAAUGUGUGCUACAUGCAGAGACCAGGGAUAAAAAGUUCUGCUAAGCCAAAAUCUCUGUUGAAUGCCAAGUUGUGCCAAGCCAAAAUCUCUGUUGAAUGAGUAUAGUAACACAACCAGAUACCAAGCAUCCUGGAGUGCUGUCCUAAAAAAAAGGGGGGGGGGAGACUAUAGUCCCAGCUUUAAAAACUUUGCUUGCUUGAAUAAUUCUUGUUGUGCCAUAAACAUAUUUCACAGCCCCAGCUCAAGGGUGUGAGAUAGACAUCUUACUGGGUUAAAGAGCCUAAAUAAUGGAAGUUAAGACAAGUAGUGUCUGCUAGUUUCCCUCCAUGUGCUGAGGCUACAACAAAUUAUAUAUGGUGGCAAGUAAACAUAAAUAAUCUUGCUGGAAAUGUGAAUUGCUCUGACAGUUGCUUUUUUAAAAAAAUCACAGUAGUUUGUAAUCUGCCAGGGUGAAAAUGUGUGUCAUUUCCUAAACUAUUUUAGAUUUUAUGGCUACACUGUAGCAGGCUGUUUUACCAGGUGCUUGUGAGUAGCACCUUGUGAGUAGAACUGAAACCAUUUAAACAAGACAUAUUGAAGUAAGAAAAAUCAGACUUGUGGAGAAAUUGAGAGGGAAGAAAACCAUUUUGAGCUGUUACUUGUUUACAUCAAUAUGACAACAACAAUAUAUAUUUUUUUAAUCGUAACUUGUAAAUUUAGAACAUCAAGCUCUAAAUAAUAUUUACCUUAUUUCUGAUGGUGAGUUCUUUUGCCCUUCCUGUACAUGUUGCCCAAGAGGCCAGGUCAGACCCAAAAUCUGAUGCUCACAAAGUGCUAUUUGAAUCCAUACACAAGGAAGUUACCUGGAAAUGAGUUGCCAUUGUCACUUUUCUGAGAUGUGCAAUGGAUUACUACAUUAGAUAGAGUCCUAUUCGGCUCACAGAACUAUCCAUAGAACAAUUUACAUGUGUGAUCUGUUAGGACUUGCAUGUUCACAUCAUUUCAGAAUGUCAUGCUUUGCAUUUCAGACAUUAAGUUAGGUCAAACUGCUUCCUGAUGGAGAAAGUUUUCCUCUGAAAUCAAAGGAACCUUUCAAUCUAGCCUGCAGUUAG